AUGUCGAACCUGCGAGGAAAGUAUCUCGACUAUGCCAUCACCCUCGCUGCAGGGUCGGGGUUCCUGUUAUUUGGAUAUGACCAGGGUGUCAUGAGCGGCUUGCUCACUGGAAGCGCAUUCACCAAACAAUUUCCCUCCAUUGAUACCACGGACACGGGCAAUGGCAGUUCCUCCCUACAAGGAACAGUCGUGGCCAUCUACGAGAUUGGUUGCUUCUUCGGUGCUCUGCUCGCCUUCGGGUUCGCCGAGGGCAUUGGUCGACGACGGUCCAUCAUGAUCGGCUGUACUAUCUUGGCCGUCGGGGCUGCCAUUCAGUGCUCGUCAUACUCGGUGGCACAAAUGAUCGUGGGACGGAUCGUUGCUGGCGUGGGGAACGGUAUCAAUACUGCCACUAUCCCGGUCUGGCAUUCCGAGCUCAUGAAGCCCACGUCCAGGGGCAAGGGUCUGUCCAUUGAAUUUGCGCUUAACAUUUUCGGCGUCAUGCUGUCGUACUGGGUCGAUUAUGGCAUGAGUUACGUCAAGAGCGAGGCCCAAUUUCGCUUCCCAAUCGCCUUCCAAAUAUCGUUCGCACUCAUCACCAUUGCCCUGGUGGCUGUCUUGCCUGAGUCGCCGCGUUGGUUGGUUGCGCAUGGCCGGUCACAAGAUGCCCGCAAUAUCCUGUCGCGUCUGCAGAGAGAUCAAACCUCCAUCUUGUCUGACAGCAGCGCCAUUGACACCGAACUACACGAGAUUGAGCGCGCCCUGGAAGAUGAAAAAGAGGCGGCGGGUGGUAUCACGUUCCUAUCCCUCUUCAAAAGCAGUCCACAGAGGUUCCGUCGUCGAACUCUGCUUGGUGUCGGUGGCCAGUUCAUGCAGCAGCUGUCGGGUAUCAAUCUCAUCACCUACUACGCACCGGUGAUUUUCGAGCAGUCGGUCGGCAUGAGUCACAACCUAUCCAUGCUCCUCGCCGGUUUCAAUGGCGUGGCGUACUUCUUGUCGUCUCUCGUUCCCAUCUGGUGUCUUGACAGACUCGGACGAAGAAAGCUGAUGCUGUUCGCCUGUGCAGGCCAGGCGGCGUGCAUGGCCAUCUUGGCCGGGACCGUGAGCGACGGAGGCCACGCGAGCGGCAUCGUCGCCGCCGUGAUGCUGUUCCUCUUCAACUUCUUCUUCGCCGUCGGCCUGCUGGCCAUCCCGUGGUUGCUGCCGGCCGAAUACGCUCCCCUGGCGAUCCGGGCCAAAGCGGCCGCUCUGGCCACCGCGAGCAAUUGGAUCUUCACCUUCUUGGUGGUCGAGAUCACGCCCGUGUCCAUCGGCAACAUCGGCUACCGCACUUAUAUCUACUUCACCGUCUUCAACGUCGCUUUCCUGCCGAUCAUCUGGUUCUUCUACCCCGAAGUCCGCAAUCUGUCGCUGGAGCAGAUCGACAAGCUCUUCACCGGCGAAAAGGUCUUGCUUCAUUGGAAAGCAAGCAUGGACGAGCCCCAGGGGUCUUUGGCUCUUGACGUCAAGGUCGCAAAUGAAGAGCCGACCGUGACGGAGGAAGAAAUGAGUUUGGAAAAUCGGGGCAAGACAUUCGAGUGA